AUGGCCUCUACCACAACCUACCGCCUACCAAAGGGCGUCGCUGCAAAGACACCAGCAGCACCCACAGACCACCGAAACCUGUCUCUUUCGCUGCUAUGCGUUGCUCUCUCGCUCGGGACCGCCUACAGCGUCGUGUUCAACACGUACUUGGACACUUCAGACCCACUCCUCGCUCACCUUCCGCACCCAGCCCACGCACACUCAUAUUUUGCACGUAAAUCCAACGUAUUCAACCAAAUCUUCGUCAAAAAGGCGUGGGCGUGGACAACGGCGGCGUUUUUGGGUGUGUACGCGACGAGUCCGGCUGAGCGACGCACAUGGACGCGCGUAUGGCGUUGGGCAGUAGCGACGGGCGUGUGGAUCGUGUUCACGACGUGGUUUUUUGGACCGGCAUUGAUGGAACGCGUCAUGGCGUACAGCGGCGGCGAGUGCGUCAUUGCCGUUCCUUCGUCGCCGUUUAUUUCCCAAGGAGGAGCGCCGACGAUCAUGUCUGUGCCUCUUGAGUAUUGUCACACUAAGACGACGAUUACAACCACAGAACAUGCUCACCUCUUUGCGUCCUCGCUUGUCCCUCCACCGGCAGACUUUGCAGGACGGCCGAGGUUGUACAAGGGGCACGACGUAUCCGGUCACAUAUUCCUCCUCACGCUCGCCAUUUGUUUCCUCACGGACCAGCUCACAUCUGCGCUCAAUCCAAAGCCACGCAUCAUCAGCAAAGCACAUGCGCUCGCAAUCAACUCGACAUUGGCACUAUUGGCAAUAUGGUGGUGGAUGGCAAUCAUGACCAGCGUGUAUUUCCACACUCCCGUCGAAAAGCUCAGCGGUUUCGUUCUCGGUGUGAUAGGUUACUUCCUCACCCUCAUUCCACUCCCAACGAGCGAACCUCCAAAAGUUGGGGCGCCCAUUCCAAACGACAAGCUACGACCAGACGCGAUGCGUUUAGACUAA